AUCAAUGUUCACGAAUCUAUGGUAAGUGAAUUGUUGACAAUGUUCAUACUUUUUAUAGUUGUUUAGUUACACAUUUCUUUUCCCGUUGUUGGUACGAGAGAGAAUAUCAACCAUGGGUCAAAGUGUAGUUUUUAGGAGACGUCUUUCUUACAACACUAAGAGCAACCGACGGCGUAUGGUACGUACACCUGGAGGUCGUUUAGUUUACCAAUAUCUUAAGAAACCUAAGCGUGUACCUAAGUGUGGUAACUGUAAAGUUAAAUUGCAUGGUAUCAAACCAGCUAGAGCUAUUGAGAAAAGCCGUAUGUGCAAGCGUAAGAAGACUGUGAAACGUGCCUAUGGCGGAGUUUUAUGUCACAAAUGUGUUCGAGAAAAGAUCCUCCGAGCAUUUUUAGUUGAAGAACAGAAAAUUGUUGUGAAAGUUUUGCGUUCUCAGAAAAAUUCAGCUAAAAAUAAGUUGAAGUCUAAAUGAUUUAGUUUGACUAUUGAUGAAAAUAAAUGUUAAUUUUAUAA